AAAAAUGGAAGACGAUGUUGCGGCGUUAGUUGUUGAUAAUGGAUCGGGUAUGUGCAAAGCUGGUUUCGCCGGCGACGAUGCACCAAGAGCUGUUUUCCCCUCCAUCGUCGGUCGUCCUCGCCAUCAAGGUGUGAUGGUUGGUAUGGGCCAGAAAGAUUCGUAUGUUGGCGACGAGGCCCAAAGCAAAAGAGGUAUCCUUACCUUGAAAUACCCCAUCGAACACGGCAUCGUCACAAACUGGGAUGAUAUGGAAAAGGUAGGCUUUUCCCGCUUUUUUCUCAACGAAAAAAUUCCGUUUGUAAUUCUGCAUGCGGUGAGCAUUUCGCCAAAAGUAUUUUGCCGUUUUUCCACAAAGCUUUUAUAUUUUUUUUGACAUUCAAGGGAAGUCAAAGACGGUGAAAAUUUAUGCACCUACAGUAGUUUAUUAAUUGUUUUGUCUUAUAGAUAUGGCAUCAUACAUUUUACAACGAGUUGCGAGUAGCACCAGAAGAACACCCUGUGUUGUUGACGGAAGCUCCACUGAACCCAAAAGCCAACAGAGAAAAGAUGACACAGGUAAUGUAUUUGGAGUAAGAACAACUCGAGACGAGCACCAACUAUAUAAUUGCACCACUACUAAACGCCCAAAUAUACUGGGGAAACGGACUCUAUUCCUUUUUAAGACACCUUUUAAAAUACCAAGUAUAAACUACAUUAUUUUGGCAUACUAAAGAAGCAUUCAAGCAAUACAUUUCUACCACACAAACGUUGGAAAAGUUAUCAUUUGGCCCCUAAGCCAGGCUAUUAAGUUUUACACAAAUCCAAUAAUCAAUCCAGUUUUAUUGCAGAUCAGUGCACUGAAUGCAUCAUUGGAAUCACGUGAUCAAAAUGUCACGUUUGUCAUAUGUGAACAACUUUUCGAAACCCCCAUUUAAAACUACAUUGUGGUAAACUCGUUUUAAUUUUUGAUUCAGAUCAUGUUUGAAACCUUCAACACCCCAGCUAUGUAUGUAGCCAUCCAGGCUGUGUUGUCCCUGUAUGCUUCUGGUCGUACCACAGGAAUCGUGUUCGACAGUGGUGAUGGUGUCUCCCACACUGUACCAAUCUACGAAGGUUAUGCCUUGCCUCAUGCCAUCCUUCGUCUUGAUUUGGCUGGUCGUGAUCUUACCGAUUACCUGAUGAAAAUCUUGACGGAGAGAGGUUAUUCAUUCACCACGACCGCUGAAAGAGAAAUCGUCCGUGACAUAAAGGAAAAAUUGGCCUAUGUCGCUCUUGAUUUUGAACAAGAAAUGCAAACAGCUGCAACCAGUUCUAGCUUGGAGAAGGCAUACGAGCUUCCUGACGGUCAAGUUAUCACCAUUGGUAAUGAGCGAUUCCGAUGCCCAGAAGCACUCUUCCAACCAUCAUUCCUCGGAAUGGAAUCUGCUGGUAUCCAUGAAACCUGCUAUAACUCCAUCAUGAAAUGCGAUGUCGACAUCAGGAAAGAUCUGUAUGCUAACACCGUGUUGUCUGGUGGUUCUACCAUGUACCCAGGUAUUGCCGAUAGAAUGCAAAAAGAAAUCACGUCGCUCGCUCCACCCACAAUGAAAAUCAAAGUGAUUGCUCCACCAGAAAGAAAAUACUCUGUCUGGAUCGGUGGCUCCAUCUUGGCUUCCCUCUCGACCUUCCAACAGAUGUGGAUCUCGAAACAAGAAUAUGAUGAAUCUGGUCCGUCUAUCGUCCACAGAAAAUGCUUUUAA